AUGGUUGAUAAUACGACUAGCACAAAUAUGACUGCUACAUCUGUCACAAAAAUAACAGAUAAUAUGUCACCAUCUAUCAAUGAUAGCAAGAAUAAGAACAAAAACAACAAUAACAGACACCCUAAUAAUUCAUGUUCCACUAUAUCUCAUUUGACGGAAGUGGCAGAAUCAUUCAUAUCAAAUGAUAAAGAAAGAAAAAAAUUCUUUGUAGAUAUGGAAUCAUCAUUACAGAAAUCGAUUGACCUUUUACAAUCUUAUAAAAAUAUUACUAAAAUUAUAAAACAAAAUAAUAUCAAUAAUAAUAUCGACAAUAAUACUACUACUAAUAACACUAUAAUUAAAAACUAUGAAAAGGCAUUUAUUUAUUUCAAAAUCAUUCACAUACUAGUAUUAAAUAAAAUCCCAAAUUUUGAUCAAUUUAAAUUGAUUAAAGAAACGAAACAUAAUAAUAUUCAAAAUACUGAAACCACUACAAAAAAAUUAAAAAAAAAUGAAAGAAUUAAUAGGAAAUAUAUGAUACUACUAGUAAAAACUUUAGUUAAUGAUGAAAUGUUCCCCAAAAUCAAAUCAUUCAUCAAAGAGCAUUCUUCUUUACCAUCUUCACAAAGAAGGGACGUCCAAACUAAUGGUAAAAAUACAGAACCAUCUUUACCUGAUGGUUCCUUAAUAUCUCCUCAACAUUUACAGGAAUUAUCCAGAAGUAAUGACGAUGAUGACAUUUUACUGAUAGAUGUACGACCAAGACUAAAUUUUGUGGAAAAUCAUAUUGAUUUCCCAAAUAUUAUAUGUAUAGAACCAAUAUCAUUUAAACCUUCAUACACAGAUCAAGAUAUUCAACAAAAAUCGUUAAUUACCUCGCCAGAUAAUGAAAUUAAACUAUUCGAAAUGAGAAAUCAAUUCAAAUUUAUCAUAUUGUAUACAUCAGAUAAUAAUGAUGAAUCCCAUUUAUUAUCUUUAUUAAAGAUAUUAUUGACUCAUUCAUUUGCAAAACCAUUUGAUCGUUCAUUGACUAAAUUUUAUAUAUUAAAAGGUGGUAUAUUAAAUUGGAAUGGUCCAACGACUUCAUCCGGGAAUAAUAUUAUAAACCAGCAAAAUGAUAAACCUUCUAAGAAAUUGGAAGAAAAAAAAAUACAAGAUCGAAAGAAUGACAACAACAACAACAACAACACCAACGAUAAUAUGGAAGAUAGCAUAUAUAUUGAUGGUAAUACUUCAGGUCUAAGCUUACAACAUUUCCCUAAAAUGUCUCCAAGUAUAACCGCUUCAAUGGAUUUAUCAAUGCAAGAAAUGAUGUCCUCUCCCACCUCAUCAUCUCCGCUGUCUCCCUUGAUGAAUAAUUUUAAUCAACAACAACCACGACAAUUCCAUUUCCAACAACAAUCUCCAUUAAAAAGAACAUCUAGUUUGAAGAACUUUCUCUCAAACUUCACUCAAAAUAGUAACAAUAAUAGUACUUCUAAUACCUAUAUUAAACAACAACAACAACAACAACAACUACAGCAACAAACGUCUAUUUUAACGUCUUCUUUUAAUUCAAGUAAUAAUAAUAAUAAUAGUACUACCAGCAACAAAAAUUGUCUACCGUCAUUCAUUUAUCCAAUUAAAAAUACAAGACAAUCUUCUCUCUCAAAUUCAAGUUCACCUUCGCAUUCGAAUUCUGCACUUUCUUUAUCGUUAAUUUCACCAAGAUCAACUUAUAAAUCAUCAUCACCAAUACCAUCAAAUUUAGCUAAAUAUCAAUAUUUACAAUCAUCAUCAGCUUCAUCAGAUUCAUCCCAAUCAGAACCAUCAUUAGUUCCAACUACUGCACCAUACCCUGAAACUCCAACUUUACUCACUGGUAAUGAAAUUUUUGAUAAUGAUGCAUACCAUAAUAAUGUUAUUACACCAAUCCGUAAUAGAGCUAAAAUAGUUUCACUAUCAAGAUCAUUAUCUACUAAUUCACAUAUAUCAGCACCCUCUACAGCGAGAUCUGUCUCCUCAUUAUCCACAUCAAGACCACAAUCAAAUAACAUAUAUCAAAAUAAUCAUAAUAACGUAAGAACUUCCUUUUCUGGUACAAGAUUAUCAAGUGAUUACUCUAUACCAAAUAUUACAACUUAUAACGAUGAAAGGGAGAAAUCACCAUAUAAUAUCCAAAAAUUACAAAUUCAAAACACAGCCGGUAGUAAUGACUUAAUACCACACCAUCAUAAUAACGUAACCACUCAUGAAAAGGAAUAUGAUUUAGAUUUCAUCAUUGGGUUACAGAAUAUGGGUAAUUCAUGUUAUUUAAAUUGUAUUAUUCAAUGUCUCUUGGGUACACAUGAAUUAACUAAAAUUUUCUUAAAUUAUUCAUUUGAAAGAUAUAUCAAUUUGAAUAGUAAAUUAGGUUCCAAGGGUGUCCUCGCAAAAAAUUUAUCCAAAUUAAUUCAUUUAAUGUAUAAUCAUUCAACUUUAAAAAAUAAUGGAGAUAAAACCAAAAAAAAAUCUGGUAAUAACUUUAUUAAGCCAAUUCAAUUUAGAAUGGCAUGCGGUUCCAUCAAUAAUCUUUUCAAAAAUUGUUCACAACAGGAUUGUCAAGAAUUUUGUCAAUUCCUUUUAGAUGCAUUACAUGAAGAUUUAAAUCAAUGUGGUUCUAACCCUCCUUUGAAAGAAUUAUCAACAAAGGCAGAAUCCAUGAGAGAAAAAUUAUCAUUAAGAAUCGCUUCCUCUAUUGAAUGGGAAAGGUAUCUAACCACUGAUUUUAGUGUUAUCGUGGAUCUUUUCCAAGGUCAGUAUGCAUCAAGAUUACAAUGUAAGACUUGUAUUCAUACCUCUACCACAUAUCAACCAUUUUCUGUCCUUUCUGUUCCAAUUCCAAAGAAGAAAAAUUUAAAUUUAUUGGAUUGCUUUAAAGAUUUUACCAAGAUUGAAAAUUUGGAAGUUGAUGAACAAUGGUUUUGUCCCAAUUGUAAAUCGAAACAACCAUCUACUAAAAAAUUAACAAUAACAAGAUUACCGAGAAAUUUAAUCAUUCAUUUGAAAAGAUUUGAUAAUAAUCUAAAUAAAAAUAAUAAUUUAAUUGACUACCCAUUCAUUUUAGAUCUAACUCAAUUUUGGGCUGAUGAUUUUGAUGGUGAAUUACCACCUGGUGUCACUGACGAGUUACCAAAAAGAGGUCAAAUCCCACCUUUUAAAUAUAGAUUAUAUGGUGCCGCAUUACAUUUUGGUAGUCUGUACGGUGGUCAUUAUACCGCGUUUGUUAAUAAGGGAAUUAGAAAUGGUUGGUAUUAUUUUGAUGAUACUAAUUAUCGUCCAAUUAAAAAUGAAAGGGAACCCAUCAGUUCAAAUGCAUAUGUUUUAUUCUAUCAUCGUAUUUAUGGCGUUUGA